AUGACAACAAGUCAUCAUACUCUUACAAAUAUUCUUUUAACUAAACAAGCAUUAUAUGGUGGUGGUUGUUCUGAAAGUAUGAAAAUUCUUUUUUUAAAAAAACAAAAAAAUCAUUUAGCUGUACAUUAUUUAUUAAAAAUAUUUCAAAAUAUUAUUCAUGCUCAAUAUAAUUAUAAUUAUAUUAUUGAUCGAAUUCAUGGUCAUCUUUGGUAUUUAUUAGAGAAUGAUGAAAUAAGUCAAACAUGUGCUUGUGAAUUAUAUUCAAGAACAAAUCAUUUAGAUAUUGAAUGGGAAAAUUUUUUUUUCUAUUUUGAUGAUGAAAAAUCAGAAGAAGAAGAUAAAAUUCAAGAUAAUAAUGACUUUUUUAUUAGAAAUAUAUAUCCAAAAUAUUUAGAUAAUUUUCAUAUGAGAACAAAUGCUUUUAAAACAGCUGUUGAAACAGCGAUUAAUCUAUAUUUAACUAGUAUUUGUUUAUAA